CAUUGCGCGCGCAAGAUAUACGCUAGAGUGAUGGCGUGUUGUGCUGUGUGGGGUCCGUAAUAUUUGUGACAAAAUGAGUAAUAAGACUGUUUAGAAAAUAUUUUUUUAAUGGUGAAAGUGUUUAGUGACGAUUGGUGAUUUAGUCAAAGCAAAUUAUCCGAUCAAAUGGAGUUAAAACUGCAUUCCCCAGCGGGUGCAGAUCCUGUGCUAUACACUUGGCCAUUAACCUCGGGUCGUGGAAAUGACAAACAUGAUGGUGCACUUGAAAUUGUUGAGACCAUAAGAUGGGUAUGUGAAGACCUGCCCGAACUGAAACUGCCAUUAGAGAACAAUAUUCUUUGUGAUUAUGACACUAGAAGCUACGAGAGUAUGAAAUCGCUCUGUGAUAGAUUCAACAGAGCUAUUGAUAGUGUUGUAGCUUUGGAAAAAGGAACUUCACUGCCAGCUCAAAGGUUAAACAAAUACCCAUCUCGAGGUCUCCUCAGGCACAUUCUCCAGCAAACUUACAACGCUGCUGUUACUGAUCCAGAAAAACUGAAUCAGUAUGAGCCGUUUUCACCUGAAGUUUACGGAGAGACUUCGUACGAUCUAGUUUGUCAGAUGAUCGACCAGAUUGAUAUUACCCAAGACGAUGUGUUCAUAGAUUUGGGCUCUGGAGUUGGACAAGUUGUGCUGCAGAUAGCUGCAGCUACUCCCUGCAAGGUUUGCCUUGGCAUAGAAAAAGCUGAUGUUCCAAGUCGCUAUGCCGAGGCGAUGAACAAAAACUUCCGGACUUGGAUGCAGUGGUACGGUAAAAAGUACGGCGAGUACAAAUUGAUAAGGGGCGACUUCCUCACGGAGGAACACCGUGAAAAGAUCAACCAGGCGACCAUAGUCUUCGUGAAUAAUUUUGCUUUCGGCCCAUCCGUCGACCACCAACUCAAAGAAAGAUUCGCUGAUCUCAAAGACGGUGCUAGGAUCGUCUCUUCCAGGAGUUUUUGCCCCCUCAAUUUCCGGAUAACCGACAGGAACUUGAGUGACAUCGGUACCAUCAUGCACGUCUCUGAAAUGUCGCCUUUGAAAGGUUCAGUCUCCUGGACCGGCAAGCCUGUGUCCUACUAUCUGCAUCUGAUAGAUAGGACCAAGCUGGAAAGGUAUUUUCAGAGGUUAAAGAAACCACAACUAAAGUUUAACUUGCAGCAAAAGCACCAGAGCAAGAAGCUGAGAAGGAAAAUCUCUAGAGGAAAACCGCAACCGAUGAUACAGGACGAUCAGGAGGAGAAGGAAACGCAGAAGCCUGGCCCGAAAGGCAGACGUGGAAGAAUGAAGAAGACCAAGCCAAAGAAGACUAUCAAGAUUACCGGACUGGACCUUCUUCACACAGAAACUUUACUCAGCACGUCAGUAGAAGCUAUCGGAAAGAAACUGCCCCCAGCUCCAGGCUGUGUCGACCAGCAGCUGACCACUUUGAGUUCCGACGUGAUCAUUCACAACGAGCUGGACAUUCCGCUUGAACCGGCAGCUACGCCAUACGGCUUGCAAAUGUUACUGGACAUGUUCAGAGUUCAAUACAUGCAGACGAUUGCUCAAAUGAAGAAUCCGUUUUAUAAGAAUUCCAUCGAGAUUCAAAUUGAAGAGGAAAAAGAUCGGAACAAGAAGCUGAAGAGCAGGGCUGCUCAGUUGGAGAAGCAGAUCAAAGUCCUUAUUGACGAUAGCGUUGCCUUACUUAAAGCACGGAUGAGUGAGCUGGGUAUCAACGCAACAUCUCCUGUCGAUUUACUGGCCAAAGCCAAGGAAAUCGUGUGCAGACAUAAGGAAUUACAGGCUAAAGCUAGCAAGUUGCAAGGACAGGUAGCCAAGCUAGAAAACGAAAAGGAUCAUUUAUCCAUGCAACGGUCCGCGGAAGUGUGCGAGAAAUACAUCGGCACAGAUGCUGCCAAGGAUCUCUCUCCCAGCAUGGCUCAGGAAUACAUCCUUAGAGAAAUCUCUUCCACCCUAACACAAAGGAAAAAGUUACGAAACGAGGUACAGAAACUCGAGGACGAAGUGGUCACCUUACACAAAGUCGGAGAAGAGCGCAAACAGAAUCAAGCCUUGAUGUCCAGCAGACAGCAGCAAGCUCCCGCCAAAAUAUCCCGGAAGUCCCGAGAGUACAGAGCGCGAUCCCAGGACUGGCCUGAAGUGCCUGACAUAGCCAAAAUCGAGGAGCAGAACCCCGAGAUCCUGGCGCAGAAAAUUUUGGAAACUGGGAGAAAAAUCGAGGCUAGUAAGUUGUCGGCUAUGUCUAACAAAGCUCCGCAGUAUCCGAAUACGAAUAAACCUCCAUCAAACGGACAGAGAAGCUUGGUUCGGAACAAUAUGCCCGCUCCUAUGCCGGUGACUAAAAGACAGAAAACCACGCACCCUUAUCCGACGAUGGGGACGCCAAAUCCUCCAAACGCUUCCAGUAAUACUCCGAAUCCAAACCAGAAGCACCAAGAGACGCCGAGGAUCAAUUUCGAGGAUCGUCUCAAGAGUAUUAUUACUUCUGUACUAAACGAAGAUCAUCCCACUGGACCCAAACAAACGAACCCACCUAGAUUCCCGUAUAACUCGGGUAUUCCCGCACCUCACAUGCCAACAAUGCCUGUUCAGCAGCCGGUUCCUCCGGCGCAGCCACCUCCAAGUUCAAAUUAUGGAUCUCAAGCACAUUACAAUGCGUUCGUUCCAGGCAAGUCGGAAGAGAAACAGAAGUAUCCGUCUGCGGCUAAGUAUUCCAGGACUGAGACAGUGGUGAGACAGAACGCUGAUCGGUACUACCCUACGCAUCCAGAAGGAUUGGCUGGAAUGAUGGAAUGUUACAGGGAACCGCAAGUUUCCCCUGCCAAGUUAGCGCUAAGGAGACAUUUGUCGCAAGAAAAAUUGGCGGCGCAACAUCCAACUUUUAACACUUCUGAAGGGUUGGUCGCUACAAGGACGAUAGGGGACUUGGUCUCUGGAGAAAUAGAAAGGACACUGGAAAUAUCCAAUCAGUCAAUAAUCAACGCUGCGGUGGAUAUGAGCGAUAUUCAGUUGAACGCCACUUUGAACGCGAGAGCUAUUGUUAACAACAACAUUCCUCCGAGACCAGAAAGGGUUAAUUCAAACUACCCUCCAAACGAGAUGUACACGCCUCUUCCAAGGGCAGACAUGAAGCCCUACCACGAAUCGUACUUCAGCGACAUAAAGCCUCCUGUGGUGCCUUCAGUGUCCGAGGCAGUGGACCAGCGAAGCAGUUUUGUGCCUGAGGGCUUAGCAGCUCGAGUUCUGCCGCCGCCUAUCAAGGAAGAAGCAGAGGUUUACGAAAGACGACAGUCCUUUAUACAGCAGAGCAACAUUUGUCAGUAUCCUGAGCAACCGCCUAGUACUGCUACUCAUCAAGUACCUGAGGAUCCACACCACCACAACCAAGAGGCGGUUAGAUCCAGAAAAUGCAACGAAGAAGAAGUCGAUGUUGUGGAAGAGGAAGGGGAAGAAGCAAAAUGGCAGGACAAACUCAGUUCCGGUUUCGAUAGACUGGUAGCCUUCGCCUCCACCGAGUUGGACAAAAGACGCCGCUCUACAGACGGCACUGACAGCUGCAACACAUCUCCCGAUUCCGGCAUUGGCCACGGUCUUGGCGACACUCACAUAGUCGUCCCUCCCAAGCAGCGCCUCAAACUACACCCCAAGUCGGCCAUGUUUAAAAUGCCCGUCAGCAAAACCUAUCUAGACUCUCCUCCUAUCCUUGACCAAGGUCAGGACGAGGCUGGACCUCCGAGGACACCGUCGCCGACCUCGCCCAACCCUUACAACAUCCACUUCAGUCCUGAACCCACCAAGAGUCCAACCAGGUUGAACCCAGCCCUGAUGAAGUAUCAGAGGUAUAUAUAGGACGAACUUUUCUGGGCGGCGGUUACUCAGAGUCAUUAUAAAUCGUUAAAUCGGGGGUUUCAAAGUGCGUACGCUGACCAGGGCCGGGUUCAGGUUCUAAUCGACCCUGGACAUUAUAUGAAUUGGAGCCCGAUCGUUCAUUUUGCUGGAUUUGGUUACCCGGGAUAUUGGCCAACUUAAAUUGAAUGAAAUGCCUGUACCUCUGUGGCGGAUUCAUCUUGAAGAAAAGUCCUAUGGGUAUUUCGCCACUGUAAGAAAAUCUACAAAAUAAAAUAGUUGUUUUUUGUAAUAACAAAUUUCCCUAACGGACAAAAUGUUUUUAUAUCUCUAUCAAAUCAAAUGGCUAUCGCUUCUUUGAUUUUAAUGAACAUAACAUAAAUUAACAUAAGUAAAUAUUAAAAACAAAUAAAAAAUAAUCAUAUACAGAAAGUUGAGGCUCUUUGGUUUUAUCUUAUUUAGUAAUUUUUAUCAGGUAGUCAAACAACAAACAAACAACGCUUUAUUGUGCAAAAAGCCAAAACAGCUUCAUCAACAAAGCACUCACAAUACAAACAAAAGCACAAAAAAAAUAUACAAACAACAAAAAAUACAUAAAACAAUUCAAUAAAAUUGAAGUCAUUCAAAUUACAAAAAGAACAUACAUGAAUAUGCUGGCGAAGCCUCCGGAGCACAGCCCGGACCACCCGGUAUAGUGUUCCAUUACAAAAAAAAACAACUCCGAUGCGCAACCCUCCCCGGGGACAUCCUGUAGAAGUCUCUACGCCUUGAAAAAAAUGCUCCAAACUAACCCACACAGGCCACCAAAAUCUCACUUCGACCAAAGUACCGCUCCGCAUUGCAGAACAGUAAGCAGUAAAUAAAUAUAAUUUUAAGAGUUAUAAAAUAUUAAAUACUUGAUCUUUGACCAGUGUGUGAGAUGAUCAAAAUUUUAAAAUUCAAAAUUGUUCAUAAUUAAACAUCAACA